AUGACCAUCAACAGCAGCAGUACAGCAUCGACGAUUCUCGCAGGCUUGUCGGUGGUUCUAUCGUUCGCUUCGUUGAUGCUCAGUUAUAGAACAUGGCAAAGACAGUCCAGUUACCUACUGGAAGACCAGAAACCGACGGCAGAUCUUGACAAUGAUGAUCCAGCGAGUUUGUCGCCAGCAAGAACUCCAUCAACCUCCAUCAACACCACAACAUCUACUAAUAAGGCAUCCUCCGCCCACGACAAUAAUACUCGCAUUCGCGCCACGGUCGAGAAUCAACUCCUGUCUCACAACAACAACAAUGGUUUGAAUGUCCAACCCAUUGGUGUCAUUCGCUCCGUGUACAAACUCUGCGUGGGAACGCCUCGACAAGGACUACUGGCACCGCAUGCCCGCGGACGCAUCGAACUCACGUUGCCCGUCGAUGCGGCUAUGGAUUCCGUACAAGAGCUCGAUACAUUCUCGCACAUUUGGAUUCUAUUUGUCUUUCAUCUCAAUACACUCGCCAGUAGUAAAAAAGUGUCGCCGAAAAUUGCGCCUCCCGCAUUGGGCGGUAAAAAAGUAGGUGUCUUGGCGACACGAAGUCCGCAUCGAUUCAAUCCCAUUGGCAUGACACUGGCCAAACUGGAUCGCGUCGAAAUCAAGGACAAGAAGGCAUUCAAAAGUCAACAACAACUUGGCAGCAAUACUAGUCGCGUCGUAUUGCACAUUUCCGGACUCGAUUUGGUCGAUGGGACUCCCGUGUUGGAUGUCAAACCAUUUGUACCCGUCUACGAUUCGGUACAAUCAUCAUCAGACAAUAGUGCCGUUCGACUGCCACCAUGGGUCUCGGAGGGAUUGGCCACACGACGAAGUGUCGUCAUUCUUGAAAAGGCCAAACAGGACUUACAAAACAUUCUCUUGUCGUCAUCAAACAAGAAAAAGAAACCCUUGGAGUUUUAUGGACGAGGAGACGACGAAUCCGACCAGGACACACUCGACAAUAUGCUGGCAUGUAUCACCGAAGUGCUGGCCAUGGAUGUUCGAAGUUCGUGGCAAACACAAAAGGCACGCAAGGGAAAUUAUCAAGCCGAGAGGGCGCAUCGGUUGAAAAAGAAGAAUAACCAUGCAUCAUCCUCCAACAAACCAGUACAGUCCUCCUCCUCAUCAUCAGACGUACAAAGUAAUAGUACUAGUGAGAAGAAGAAGAAUGCCGACAAAAUUGAUACAUGCACGCAGCAAUUGGACAAUCUGCUAUUGCAUUACAGAGUGACACAAGCAUCGGAUCUACGGAGGUCUACGUCAGAAGGGAGUGGUGCAGAAGAUCAGGUUUGUGUAACUGCCAUAGAGCAUUUGCUGUCAUAG